UGAUCAGACUGCAACAGACUCUACUGAGCAGCCGCUGAAAUCCGGCCCGAGCAUCCUCUGCGCACCCUUGGCAGGGACAGCGGUCUGUUCCUCCCACCCCGACACUGCAGAAGCUUCUGCUCAGCAGAAGGUCAUUCGACUCAGCUGCACCCACAAGGCAAAAUCCACUCUGACUCAAAAUCUCAUACAAUGCUGUAUAAAAUUGGUCUCGGAGCUGCUGCUGGCCUAGCGGUUGCCACCCUUGGGAUCCCUGUGGCAGUUGGAAUGCUGGGUUUCAAAGGUGCUGGAAUAGCAGCUGGAUCCGCAGCUGCAAAGGUUAUGUCGGCAGCUGCCAUUGCCAACGGUGGAGGAGCGGCUGCCGGGGGUGCUGUGGCCACCUUGCAGUCAGUUGGUGCUGCGGGUCUAUCAGUUGCUACAAAAGCUGCAAUAACAGCUGGAGGAGCCUUGCUGGCUGCCAUUCCAAAAUGAAAGCUGCCAAGGGAGCUCCUUAUGCCUUCUGGAAGAGAAGCGGUCCUGUGAGACUGGUGAUGAAUCUUCCCCAUUUGCUACGCAGAAAUACACAAUGCUUGAUUUGAUUUAGGAACCGUCCUGCUGAAGUCUGUUCUUGUCCAUGGUUUCGCUGUACAAAACCCAAUAAAGCUCUCAUGAUAAA